GCCUCCCUCUGCGCCGCGCACUUCCUUCCACUCGCCUGCUUGGGGGGGGGGUUUCCGUUUCUGCCUUGAAUAGCCGAAAGAGCACCCAAAGACGGCUUGUCCCCCCAGCCCCGGGGGAGGGCGGAGGCUUCUGCCCGGUGUCACCGCCUGGGAGAUGCUCCCUGGCCCACUGCUCCCCCAGAGCCCCACACAUCUGGGCAGCUUCGACUCCUGUCCCAGUUGUGGUCCCUGCAGCCCAGCCUGUCGGAAAGCAGCUCCCGAGGCUCCGGGAUGCCUGGGCAGAAUCCCCCUCGGAGGGGGAAAGAGGGGCAGCGAGGGGAGCAGCUGUGGCCACCGCCAGAAGAGCCAGAGGCUCCUCGCCCCAGGAAUGCGGGAUCCGGGCCAAGCGGCGCACGGGCAGUGGGUCUCGGGAGGAAGGCCUCUUGGUCAGAGGGGCAGCCUCGGGGGCAAGCAGGACUCUGGCGGCGGCGGCGGCAGGGAGAAGGAAGGCGCUGCUCUGGAUGCAGGAGCUGGCAUGCAACCGGGGGGGGGGGGUGCGCAUGCGCCUUCUGACGGCGUCUGUCUUGGCCCAGUGUCGGGGGGGGGGCUUGCCACCGGGCCCUUUGCCCUGGCCCCCACUCGCCCGUGGGGGCUGACGUGUUCCAAGAGAAUGGACUCCUGGGCGUUGGGCAGGGCUUGGGAGACGGCUCCAUGCCGGAAGGGCCACGCCAUCCCUGCCCACAAAGGGGAGAGCCCACCAUCCCUGCACAAGGCCGGCCGGCCCACUGUCAGUCAGCGCGGACACUUUGGAAAUCCUCCUCCUUCCUGCCUAAAUCGGCUGCUCGGUCUCCUCAAGCCCCGAGUUCUACUCCUGCCCUCAGGAGCAACAGAGAACUCCUUACUGGGGGGAACAGGGUCAGUAUGGCCCUCCUUGCAGAGGCGAGAAAAGGGUCCCAGACAGCAAACCGAGAACCAGUUGAGCCCCCCCCCCAAGGGACUGCACCCCGGCAGCCUGCUUUUCUGCGACUGUUUAGCUGGAUUCUGCAGCAGACUUGGUCCGUCUUGGGCGUCAUUGCAAAGAGAUGCUGAAUUGGCUGCCAGACUGUCAACGGCUCCCCAGAGGCCAGCUUGUUCCACUCGUGGGGAAGGCGGCUACUCUGGAGUUUGUGGCCCAAGAGGAGGCCCCACCCGUUGAGGAACUCCAGGAAGCUCAGCAGCUUCGUGUGACCCGAAAAUGGCUCAGCAAGCUGGUCACUCUGGGAAAGGGAGCCGUGGGUUGCCGCAGGAGGGACGCCUACUCCCACGUCGCGGCACGGCAGCAGCAGAGACGUGGACUGUGUUCAGCUUAUUGCUGUGGUAGCGGCAGAGAGGAGGAGAGCGAUGCCAAUAUCUCUUGGCCGGUUGGCUGCCGACUGGCAACGCACUGGCAGAUGUUCACAUAGCCCAGUUAUCUUUUGGAAAAGAUGCCGUGAGAGUUUCCGUCGUCGUGAGGCUCACUUUAGGGCUGCCGCAUUUCAUCCGGAGGUGCAGCUGAAGCUCGGCACCUCUGGAAGCUCCGUGUCUGCCUCGGAGUGUGCCGGGGGGGGGGGGGCGGCUGCUCUUCAGUCGGAGCCAGGUGUGUGCUGCUCUCCUGAAUGUGGCCUCCUGCUAGCGGCUGCCUGUCUGGGAGGCCUGUGUGUGUGUGUGUGUGGGGGGUCCCUCCGAGAUGCUGCUCUCUGGCCGGGUGGCAUGUGCUGCUUGCGAGGGGAAGCCCCCCCCCUCCGAGGGGACUGCAGCUUUGCAGGGGCGGCCAGAGGACGCCUGCAGAACAGCCUGCACCUCUCUGCCCUCCCCCUUGGAAGCCCUCCGAGCCUUGGGGAGCGGAGGAGGCUCUCCACAGGCCUGGCCUGGCCGGCCCCACCUGCUCGGGCCUCUCUGCUGCGGCGGGGAGGGAGGGGCUGGGGCUGCCUUCGGGGUGGUGGGCUAAGCAGGCCCCGGGCACUGCGAGGCCCCCGCCGCCUCCUGACCACACACGGCAGGUCGGCUUCUGGGCUCCCUCUCCGGAUGCCCUCUUGGGGGGGGGGCGUGCAGGUCCUCCUUUGCGCUUUCUCGCUCUGCGCUUUCCUCUCCGGCUGCCUUGGAGCUGCUCUGCUCAGGCAGAGUCUGGCCUGCUUGCACCGGCGCUCCCCACCCUGGCAUGCAGCGGAGGGGGGGGUCGCAUCCUGCCGCUGGUGCCCGUUCUGCCCCCACCCCAUUGGCAGGAGAGAGGGGGCCGUUUCCCGCUCCACCCCUCUAGCGGCUGCCGGGCCAACCUCUUUCCUGAUCGCACCUGUUCUCCCUU